AUGGACCAAAUUAAACAGAAACCUUCGAAACGGUUGGAUUUGCAAGGUAUUCGAGCUCUCGCUAUCAUUGUGGUACUUGGAUUUCAUUUUUACCCGGAAUACUGUCCGAAUGGGUAUCUUGGAGUUGAUCAAUUCUUUGUAUUAUCUGGAUUCUUGAUGUGUAUGCUACUGAAACGAGCUGAAAAUCAAUCUCCCUGCUCAUUGGUCAGCUUGUUUUACUCAAAACGAUUCAAGAGGAUCCUUCCAUUAUAUCUACUUGUAAUAUUCAUAUCCAUGAUUUGUCUCUACUACUUUUUCCCAAACACUGCAAUCGAAACGAAUCAAGAAUCUGCAAUUCAUGCACUAAUGUUUGUGUCCAACAGACCGAAAAACGAUCAGGAAGAUUAUUUUGAGCAGCUAUCCCUUGCAGUUGACAUUUUCACUCACACUUGGUCUUUAUCGGUUGAAAUCCAGUUCUACUUCUUGGUCCCUUUCAUUUUCAUAACUGCAUCAGCUCUACCUGGCAAAUUUCAAUAUUUUUGUUAUCUCCUCAUGGGUCUUCUGUCCAUCGUCUUCUUCUAUAUCUCACCUUCAACCGAAGCCUUCAAUAGUGUGUUCGGAAGGAUUUGGCAGUUCAUGAUAGGAAUGGUCGUAUACCUCCUAUCAACUUCAAAAACAGAAGUUCAAUAUCAAGCUCUGAACAACGAGGAAGAAGACAUAGAAUGUAAAAAGUUACUCGGAGAUGAAGAGAGUCAAGAGAUGGAAUGCUGUCCGAAUGAGCAGUUUUCUAAAUUAUUUAAAAUGUCCAAGAAAUUUUCAUACCUCUUGUUAAUGAUUUUGAUGUUUGUAACCGCAUUCCCGAAAGUGUCACCGCCGGAGUUGAUGAGACCUCUUGUCACUUUUGGCACUGGGCUCCUUAUGCUCAUUUCUGAUGGAAACCUAAUUCUAUCUAAUCAACUUCUCACCUACAUCGGAGACAUUUCCUACUCCUUAUACCUUAUUCACUGGCCAAUCUACGCUUAUUGGAAACUCACGUGCGAUGGAGACAGAUACCUGCUGCUUUGUGCAUUGCUCUCAUCCGUCAUUCUUGCUAUUAUCACUUUCGAAACGUUUGAGAAAUGGUAUCUGAAACUAUCAUCGACAAGUAUUGGAUUGAUAGUUGUGAUGUUGUUCUUUAUGAAUGUAGUUGUCAUCAACAAGGAUGAAAUCACGGAUCAUAUUGAUUCAAUCGGACAAAACACUUCUAAUCUGGAUAAUGUCACAGAGGAUAUGACAUUAGACGACGCCGCCCGUCUCAACCAUCGUUGGAGUAUCUAUGACAGAAAAUUCUUACGGGUUCCAUCAUGUAUUUAUGAAACAAAGUCUCACCUUGGGUGGUGUAGACAUACGGGUCUCUCUCCAUCUGGAAAAUACAAAAUUGCGAUAAUUGGUAACAGUUGGGCUGCUAAUCACGCUAGAAUGUUUUAUCAAGAAUGUGGUUACAAGGCGAAGAGUAUCAUGCAAGGAGCUGCGUAUGGUUGUGAGCCAUUAUACCCAAGUGGAAAUACUGAGUUGUGUAGAGGAAAUUUCACACAUUUUGAGGAGAGAAUAAGAAAGGAGAAGCCGGAUAUUGCGUUUAUUUUCACGAGAUUCAUGUCUAUCGGUGCCCCGUUCCCAAAAAAUGUCAACAGUUUUGAUAAAGACCCCACCUACCAAAUUAUGAAGGAACAAAUGUUGAAAUUCAUCUCAAACAUCAAGUACAAACUUUACAUUCUGGAUGCUAUUCCGAGAAUAAAUCGAAAAAUUAUAGACGAGAUUGUUCCAUUUUUUCGGAAUCAUACGGAUUUGGAGAAGAUUGAUAACCUUCUCAUCAAACCGGACAACUUUGAAAUGGCACGAAAAAGACAUGCGCAGUUGAUAAAAGAUUGCAAUGGAAAAUGUGUUCUCGUGGAUUAUCUUCCGGAAUUUUUCAACAUUGCAACUGGAACAUUCCGCUAUUUUGAUGACCGGGGAUUCUCCUAUUGGACGGAUCCAUUGCAUUUAUCUCCACAUGGUAUCGAACACAUUCGGCAUGUUUGGACAGAGAUUUGCACAAACUUGUGA